AUGGCGACUACCAAGGCGCCAGAUGCAAACGGUCACACGCCAUCGCCAGAAGACAAUCGUUCGAUAUUGACCAUGUAUUACCAAGAUAUCACCACGCUAGACUGGAUAAAAUGGCCUAGCUCGUCGUUUAGGUUGAUGGCUCUCCCGGUUUUACUCUCUCUCAACUGGAAAAUCAUAGGCACAUCUCACAAAAAUCCGUUCUCUUCCUUAAUCUUUAUCUCCAAUCCCGUCAAGACACGACCAGACGGGCAGGUCCUGUAUGCCAAGAGUUAUGCGGCACGUCACUUCCUUAUUCUCAAAUUCACCCGCUUUAUACGUCAAUUCCUCCAUCUAUAUGGCUUGCAUCCUCUUGCAAAGCGCCUGGGAUUGCGAGGAAGCAAGCAGGAGCGAUUUGUUGAACAAGCAUAUUCGUUCUUGUACUACGGCUCGAUGGGGAUCUUUGGACUGUUCGUCAUGCGUGAACUGCCGACGUGGUGGUACAAAACCGAACACUUUUGGCUCGAAUAUCCCCAUUGGGAGAUGACUGCUCGCAUGAAGUAUUACUACCUACUCCAAACUGCGUAUUGGACUCAACAACUAUUCGUUCUGGUCCUCAAGAUCGAAAAACCUCGCAAGGACUACACCGAGCUAGUGAUUCAUCACGCUGUUACUAUUUGGUUGAUUGGCUGGAGCUAUCUCAUCAACUUGACCUGGAUCGGAAAUGCUGUGUUCGUGACUAUGGACUGGAGCGACGUUUUUCUUGCGAUCUCUAAAGUCUUGAAUUACCUUGACAUGGAAAUACCUAAAACAAUCGCAUUCAUUUGGUUUACUAUUGUUUGGACGUACACCCGACACUACUUGAACUUGCGUAUCAUCUGGUCAGUCUGGAACGAGUUCUGGCUGAUCAAACCUGAGAAUAUGAUGUGGGACCGUGCAAGAGGAGUAUGGCUCGCUCCUUGGAUGAGAUACCAGGUCUUUGCACCAUUAGUCGCUCUUCAAGCAGUCAAUCUAUUUUGGUAUUGGAACAUUUGGCGUAUUAUUAUUACUACGGUUGUAUUCAAAAAGGAUCUCGACGACGACCGAUCAGAGCACGGGGACGACGAGCCCAAAGAAAAGGAGGAAUAG